CGUACGUAGUGGUCCUUUUUGUGCGUGUUGUGGAUGGACAGUGAUAUUGUCCUCAGAGCGUCACGUGCUGUGGAAUAUGCUGGCUGCCUUUGUUGCCUCUCUGCCUGUUCUGCUUUUCUGGCACUUUCAUACAAUGGUGCACUUGAACGCUGCGUUGUUAUUAAGCCCUUCAAACUACUACAGCUUGAAUUCCAACUCUCGGGAAAGACUAGCAUCCUAAUAUAGGACACAUGGCACAAGACACACCAUCGGACAACAACAGGAACCGUGUGUAACGUCAAAGCAAAGGCAAUGUCCCAGCAAACUGAUACCUCCCGGUCCGAUGGGGUUGUGGUCGAAUUUGAAUCUGACAACAGUCGAGAUUCAAGAAACACAAAAGCACGGAAUAAAGGUUCAGCACUUAUCUACCUUAAAGGUCCCAAGUUUCUCAUCUAUGUGAGUGGAGCAUUGUCAAUGUGGGGUGACCGCAUGUGGCACUUUGCGAUCUCUGUGUUCCUCAUUGAGUUGUAUGGCCAUAACCUGCUGUUGACAGCGGUGUUUGGACUGGUGCUGGCCGGGUCAGUGUUGUUGCUUGGGGCUUUGAUUGGAGACUGGGUUGAUCGCAAUCCCAGGAAUAAAGUUGCCCAUGCAUCUCUUUUCAUUCAGAACACCUCUGUGACUGUAUGUAGCAUUGUGCUCAUGCUGGUGUUCUCAUAUAAGGAACGGAUAGAACAGAUCUGGGAUGGAUGGUUUACUGUGGUUUGUUAUACGGUGGUGAUCAUCCUGGCAGAUGUGGCAAACCUUGCAAGCACAGCGCUGACCAUUGCCAUCCAGAGGGACUGGAUAGUGGUUAUCACAGGCUACAACCGAGGCCACCUGGCUGGAAUGAAUGCAACCAUGAGGCGGAUAGAUCAGGUGACCAACAUCCUGGCCCCACUGGCAGUGGGACAGGUCAUGACCCUCGCCUCUAACGUGGUUGGCUGCGGGUUCAUCCUGGCGUGGAACCUCUUUUCUCUCAUUGUGGAGUUCUUCUUCCUGUCAAGGGUUUAUCGCAUCGUUCCCGCUCUUUCAGUCAAACCCCCGGCAGUUGAGGGCGAUCUCCAGGCGUACCUGGAGAGGAUGGAAAUGAGAGGGCUGCAAGGGGAAGCCAACGAAGAUCAACCUGAACCUCGGGCAGCGAGCAACUGCAGCACGAGCAUGCGCCUCAAAGAAAUCACCAAUUUGCCACUGUGUUUCCAAAGGUUUUGCUGUCUGCUGAGCACAUGUAAGGAUGGCUGGAGGGCUUAUUAUCGACAACCUGUCUUUCUGGCUGGAAUGGGCCUGGCUUUCCUCUACACUACAGUCCUGGGUUUUGACUGCAUCACCACUGGCUAUGCCUACACACAGGGCAUAAGCGGCUCUCUCCUAAGUCUGCUGAUGGGCGUGUCGGCUAUCACGGGGUUGAUGGGCACUGUAAUGUUCACCAGGCUCAGAAAGUCGGUUGGCUUGAUUAAUACAGGCAUCAUCUCAAGCUGCCUCCACCUGGGUUGCCUGUUGCUGUGUGUUUUCUCUGUGUUUGCUCCUGGCAGCCCCAUAGAUCUCAGUCUGCUGAUGCCCUACUUUAGCUCGGGUUCCUCCGCUGUGACUGGAGGGAUGGCGAGCAAAAGGCAAAAACACACCUACCCUCUGACGGGAGGGAGCAAUCAGCCACUGCUCCCUGAUCGCUCCUCCAUCCACUGGACCAACAACACUGUCCUGUUUGACAACUUCCCCUCUGGAACUGCACCGGACUCGUAUAUUUCCAUUAUCCUGCUCUUCCUGGGCGUUAUCACUGCGCGCAUUGGUUUGUGGUGCUUCGACCUGACUGUGACCCAGCUUCUGCAGGAGACCAUCUGCGAGUCAGAGCGAGGAGUGGUAAAUGGGGUGCAGAGCUCCAUGAAUUACCUAAUGGACCUGCUGCACUUCAUCAUGAGCCAAGAGAAAACGCCGCGUCGAAAAAUAAGACAGAGGCACAGCUUUGAUAUGAGCUCUGGAUCCACUCUGCACCUGGGAAAUGAACGCCUCCCUCCUGAUCUGAUACUGCAACGCACUGCGUGUGACUUAGCCGUUCAUUUCAGCGCUUCACACUUGAUUUAAUGUGUGGAACAGGAGGAACAAGAACUCGGGUGAACAACAAUAGGAGACAAGUUCUGUAAUAUUCUGCACAUCCUAAGGUGGCUGUGAUAAAUGGAGAAACGAUUCAUGUAGGAGACAUGUCCAAAUCUGACGGACAGGAGGGCGCAAGGGUAAUGACUAAGGCAUCGGAGCAUUUAUGUGCAAACUCUGCAGAGUUUCUGCAGCUGUAUGACUUUCGAGGUCUGACGACUUACAAGGCUUUAUAGAUGACGGGGUGGAUGAACUGGAUGUUUCUCUGGCAUUCUGUCUGUGAAGAACAGAUAUGGGGGAACCCCUCAAUAAAUGAAGGAAAGCAACACGGUACUCUGAAAAGUGGCAUUGAUUUUACUGAUCCGUCCACUUGGAAAUAUUCCAGGAUGUCCAAAAAGGAACAUAAAGGGAACUGGAUGUAAGACUGUUUGAUUAAAGAUUAAAAUGGAAGCCUCCCCUUUUAGUGGACAAAGUGAAUGGACAAAAGUAUUUCCUGCACCUGGUUUGUUUCUCUGUGGAUGAAUCAAGCAAACAUUUGCCUUUUUUAUGAAUAUGAAAGCUAGUUUCUGGAUUACAAGACCAAAAUAUUAUCUCAUGAUGCCUUGCAAAAGCACACAUACUCUUUUUUUUUUUUUGGUUCAUAUUUUGCCGCAUUACAAUCAGGGUCUUAUUUCAUGUGAUAAUUCAACACAAUUUGACAGAGCAUAAUUGUAAUUUGGAAGGGAAAUGAUACAUGAUUUUCAUAUUUUUCAUUUUUAAAGGUGCAUAGUGCAAGUUUUGAAGUUCAAUAUUAUUUAUUUUCUUUCCCAUACAUGCCCUCACAAUUGCCCGACAUAUAAAAGGAGUUUUCCUCUAUUUACCGCAGUUGCCUCUAUAGGCUGGAUUAGUCAUCUUAUGAGAGUGACUCGGGCCGAAUCCUUCGGGGAGUUGUGUGUUCUCGUUCACUUGGCUGCUUCGUUGAGUCUGCGCCGUUAUCAAUAGAUGAGCAAGAGAACACAGGCUAACUUCAAUAUUUCUAACUUUCGUACCUCAGAAACACAUUACAUUACACCUCUAAACAAAAGACCUGUGCUAUCGCAGCAGCAGAUGCUUUUCCUCUUCUCCCAUACACAUGAACAACCCUGAUGUCAUUUCAACUUGUCGCCAGAGGGGGCAAACUUCUGUAGAAAUCCUGGAACUUACGCUAUGCGCCUUUAAAUAAAUAUCAGAAGGGUGUGGAAUGCAGUGGUAUUCAUUGCUGCCGGCACCUUUUGCUGCUGUUACCGUAUUUCGAAUGUAUUUCUAACAACUUUGUACUCACAGAUACUCAAUUGUUUGCCCUUUUUUGUAAAAUAGCUAAAGGUCCAAGUCUUGCCACAAGUUCUGAAAUUGAUUAAUGUCUGAACUUUGACUGGAACAUUCUUAUACGUGAAUAUUCUUACAGGUCUGGCUGCAUAUUUAGUGUUGAUACCCUGCUGGAAAGCAAACCAGCAACCCAGUCUAGCCAAAUGUUAUUUAGCUUCUCUGUUUCUCCUGAAGUCAAGCAUCCUGACAUGCUGCCACCACCAUGAUUCUCUGUGGGAUUUGUGUGUUUAGGGUCCUGUGUCCUGUUGGGGUUUUGUCUCUGGCCGCAUGUUUCUUUCCCCAUAACAUACAUUUAUAAACAUAUAGAAUCAGACAUCAAGGCCUAUUUUUUUUUUUUUUUUUUUUAGAAUGCUUAACUAAUAUUUGCUCUGUCAUUUGAUUCUCCCACCUGAGGUGUGAUCUUUGCAACUCCUCCAACAUUACAGUGGACUUUCUAGUUGCGUUUUCAAAAAGAGCCCAACAGAUUUUCCUUCACAAGUGGAGCAUUACUGCUUUUGCUAUAGUGCUCUGCCUGAUGAAUAAAACUUCGAUUCUUUUGGGAUUAUUUCAAGUUUAAUGGACACAGAAAGGGAAAUGUAAAAGAGAAAGCAAAUAAAGAA